CCUUACUGGAUUUAAUACAAGUACAGAAGGAUUUUAAUACGUUUAGAGGAAAACAAAAUAUAGUUUUAUAUAUUUGUACACUAGUGUAAAGUGCGCUGUGUUGUGUACUGUGUGGUUUGAAACUCUUUGUUUUUAAAGUACAUUAUGAGUGUUUGUGAACUCUGACAGCUCACUAUGAAGAAACCUGGAUUAUUUACUUGGUUUUUAUUGCUGUUUUAAACAAUGUCAUCCAUGGAGAGUGUCGGAAAAUUCGAGUUUAACAGGAAAGACUUGAUAGGACAUGGAGCUUUUGCUGUGGUGUUUAAAGGAAGACACAAACAGAGACAUGGUUUUGAAGUAGCUGUGAAGUGUAUAAAUAAGAAGAAUUUGGCGAAGUCUCAGUCUCUCCUGGGGAAAGAAAUCAAAAUAUUAAAGGAGCUGAAACAUGAAAACAUUGUGAGUUUGCUGGACUUUCAGGAGAUUUCUGGAUGUGUCUACCUCGUCAUGGAGUACUGUAAUGGUGGAGAUCUUGCAGAGUACCUGCAAUCUAAAGGCUCUUUGAGUGAGGACACCAUCCGAAGCUUCGUGCAACAGAUAGCCAGCGCUAUGAGCAUCCUGAGGAGUAAAGGGAUCAUUCACAGAGACCUGAAACCCCAGAACAUCCUCCUGUCCUACAGCACGGCACGCAGAGCUGGUCCCAACAACAUCUGUGUCAAACUGGCUGAUUUUGGCUUUGCACGGUACCUGCAGGUUAACACUAUGGCUGCUACACUCUGUGGUUCUCCUAUGUACAUGGCUCCUGAAGUGAUCAUGUCACAGAGUUAUGAUGCUAAAGCUGACCUGUGGAGUGUGGGUACCAUCAUCUUCCAGUGCCUGACAGGCAAAGCACCUUUUCAGGCUAGUACACCACAAGAGCUACGACUGUUCUAUGAAAGAAACCGGAACCUCAGUCCGAACAUCCCACGUGAAACCUCCAGUCACCUGAGGCAUCUGCUGCUGGGUCUGCUAAAGAGGAACCACAGGGACCGCAUGGACUUUGAUGAGUUUUUCCACCAUCCCUUUCUCGAAGCAAGCACUGCUGUACGAAAAUCGUCUCCUGUGCCCGUGCCAUCGUAUCCCAGCUCAGGAUCUGCAAGCUCCAGCAGUGAGUCCUCGACCACCCACUUCACCCCUCCACAGAUGGAGUCUGCAAUCCGUAGACCACGCCCACUGCUCAAAGCCACGCCUCCUUCAGACUCCCAGCUGAAAGACUCCUUGUUAACAGAGACGGAGGAUUUUGUCAUGGUGCCGGCACAGUUCCCCAGUGAAAUAGCAGAUCAGGCCAGUCCAGAUAUUGGCAUGCAAAGUGGGUGUUUAUUGUUGGGUCCUGCUACAUUUGUAGGUAGAACACCUUCUCCCUCACCCUCACCAGGCACAUCUCCAAGCCCUACUAGACCCUUGAGGAUCUGUGGCAGUACUUACAGUCGGUCUGUGCCGAUUCCUGUUCCCACGCAAAUCCACAACUACCAACGCAUGAAGCAGAACCUGCAGGAAGCAUCACGGGCUACAGUACCCAGAGAUCACUGCGGCAUGAGUGGAUUCCCAGGAUGUGGUCAAACUAAAGGCUCUCCAGAAUCAGUUUCCAGUACAUCUCACCAAAGACUGAUUGCUGGGGGUUCCAGACCUCACCAACCCUCUCCACAAGGAGGAACAAUACCGGGGUCACCUGAUCAAGCAGAGCCACAGUGCAGCAGGACAGGGCUGCAAGAUGCGAACGUCCAUCAUCACAGUCUGGUCCAUCCUCUUUUCUCUGACAUUGGUGCCAUGGAACCGAACGUGACGCCCAGACAAAAGUGGCACCGGCACAGUCCAGACGCAAUAGUACACAGGUGGGAGCUGGAAAAACAAGUCAGCCUGCCUCAGACUCUGAGCCGCACCAGGACCAUGCCGGACCUCCAGGAGCCCUCUGUGAACCCCACUAUUCAUGCUGUGAGGAGGAGAGGCUCUGUAAAAAGGUCCAGCAGUGCAGGCCGGUUGUCAGAUGUGCUCCUGAAGGCUGUGGUUGGUUCUCGGCUGGACAAAGGGAGCUGUGAUGGUCUGAAUACAGAGAGACCUAUGGAUACUACAGCGCCCCCUGGUGGAAUUGGAGGUGCAGAGAAACGCUGUGGGAGUCCUGCUGGUGUGCUGUUCACUUUAGGCUCUCCUCAUACCCACACCCACACACCUCCUGUAACCACUAGACUCAGAUAUUGCUCAGUUGGCUCUUCAAGCCCUGACAGUCCUGGUUGGAUGUACAGUCGCUACCACAAGACAUACAGCUACGCUUGCACAGAUGUUAUAGGCUCUAAUCUGCAGGGGGACACGGUCUUUGUGCCUCCUGAGCUUCCAGAGGAGACACUGAUGGAGGAGGGUUACACGGAGAUGCUGGCCCAUCUGCGCUUUACUUUGGCCUUUAGCCACUGUGUGAUGGAGAUGGCAGCAGCAAAGGACUGUGGGAUUGAGAAGGCUGAGACACCGGACGCCUCUUUCCUGGAGAGUAAACUGGCAGACCGCAUAAGUCAGCUAAGCAGAGAGUGGAGUUUUGCAGAGCAGCUGGUGCUGUAUAUGAGGUGUGCUGAACUCUUAUCUACUGCUUUACACACAGUGAUGGAGGCGAUUAAGGAGAAUAAACUCUACCCAUCCAUCUCUGUUAAACAGGCGGUGCGUAAGCUGAACGAGCUCUAUAAGAAGUGUGUGAUGUCGUGUCGCUCUCUCAAUGUGAGGCUUCAGCUGUUCUUCAGCACCAAACAGAAGCUGAUGGACCGAAUCAGUAACAUCUCUGCAGAGAAAAUCAUCUACUCACAUACUGUUCAAAUGGUGCAGGCUGCAGCUUUGGACGAGAUGUUCCACCAUGGUGAGGCAUCAGCUCAGCGCUAUCAGAAGGCCUUGCUUCUAAUGGAAGGCCUGUCGUUAAUCAUUACAGACAGAUCGGACAUCAGCAACAUUAACAAAUGUAAGCUGUGUAUCGAGCGGCGCCUCUCCUCCCUGCAGCCUGGACUGUGUGUGUAGGCUCCUUUACGAAAGGGACUUUGAUUCUCUUUCCUCAAUAUUCAAUGCUCUAAAUUGCUCACAUGUUUUAUUAGAACAUCUAAAGGAGGUAAAAAGUAAGAAUAAAAAGUCAGUGUUAAUGCACCCACUCUAUAUUAAGCAGCAGACAGAUCAACUUGGGAGACAAAUUCAACCCUCGAAAAGUCCAAGACUUAUGAUAGUACACAGACUACUAGCAAUAGAAAUCUUAUGUUAGCGUCAGUUGUGAAUGGAGAUCAGCAAUGACUGAUAAGCUAGCAUGGCACUAUUAAAAACAUGCUAAAACAUUCUGAUAUUGCAUGUGGACUUGAAGCUUUCAUGAAUCAGAUAUUUGCAUAAUAAUGAAGGGCUUGUGUUCACCUGUGAGACUUAAAAGGGAACGCAUUACCAUUGAAUCUAUGCAGACUUAAUUUAUGAAAGGUUAGGCGGGUUAUGUUCUGUCAGCGUUACACAGAAUAAGCUCUAACUUAGAAAUGUAAGAAGUCGUAGACCAAGCAAAAGCACUUUUUUGAUAGUGUGUGAUAUUUAAUCUAUGAUGAAAAACAAUACUUGAUGUUUAUUUUGAGAACACAGCUACUGUACAUUUAUUGUCUUUACAAUGAAGCACUUUAUUAAUGACAAUGCUACCUGAAUGGGUCUACUGUAAAGAAACCUUCACUUUUAUAUGUUUUGUUGUGAGUAGGACCUUUUUAAAUGUGCUUUUUGUGGAGUGUUACUUAAUGCACAGGACUCUCGUGGAUUAAGAUUAAGUCUUUUAAGUGUUACAACAAUUUCCAGCUAUUAUACAUGUUGUUUUUAUAGAUACUGUGUUUUUCUGCUUUGUAUUCGUAAGUGACUUUAUAUACGCACUAAAAUUGCACAUCGUAGUUCAUAAACUGGUGUAAAUGUUCAACUGUAAUGAAAAAUGAUUUGUAUGUGUGAGAUUUAUUUAUGCUUUUUAAGGUUUGUAAAACUACAUUGUGUGUGUGUGUGUGUGUGUGUGUGUGUGUGUGUUUGUAAUCAAAAUAAAGUUUGGUUUAAUUUUUUA